GAAGCGGGUAAUUUAAAGAAACCCUUUACUUUCUAAAUCAGACUUUAUUUUAUAUUCAUUCAUCUUUCAUCAGUUAUCAACCUGCUUCAUCAGUAAUGGAGCAUAUGAAGUCUCCAUUCAGAGGAAUUGCACAUGAUGUUAGAGGAAGAAUAUUGUGCUAUAAACGCGAUUGGAUUGCCGGUAUCACCUCCGGAUUUGGGAUAUUGGCACCGACUACAUACAUCUUUUUCGCUUCCGCACUCCCUGUGAUUGCAUUUGGGGAGCAACUUAGCAGAGAUACAGAUGGAAGCUUGAGCACUGUUGAAACAUUAGCUUCUACUGCAAUAUGUGGUCUUAUACACUCCAUACUUGGUGGACAACCUCUUCUCAUAUUGGGAGUUGCGGAACCAACUGUUAUUAUGUACAUUUACUUGUAUAACUUCGCUAAAGGGAAGCAAGAUUUGGGCCAAGAGUUGUUCUUGGCUUGGGCUGGAUGGGUAUGCAUGUGGACAGCCUUGUUGUUGUUUCUUCUAGCAAUCUUCAAUGCUUGUGUUAUCAUCAAUAGAUUUACAAGAAUUGCAGGGGAGACUUUCGGGAUGUUAAUUGCUGUUCUUUUUAUACAAGAAGCUAUCAAGGGGCUUGUGAGCGAGUUCAAAGUUCCUAAAAACGAGGACCCAAAUGAAGUGAAGUAUCAAUUUGAAUGGAUUUACGCGAAUGGUCUGUUAGCGAUUGUAUUCUCGUUUGGCCUUUUAUACACCGCAUUAAAAAGCAGGAAAGCGAGAUCAUGGUGGUGUGGAACAGGGCGACUCAGAAGUUUCAUAGCAGACUAUGGGGUUCCGUUGAUGGUUGUCGUGUGGACGGCACUCUCGUUUGGUGUACCAAGCAAAAUCCCUUCUGGAGUUCCUAGAAGGCUCUUUAGUCCACUUUUAUGGGAAUCUGAAUCUACAUACCAUUGGACUGUAAUCAAGGAUAUGGGUAGGGUUCCUCCUGCUUACAUAAUGGCAGCCAUCAUCCCGGCACUUAUGAUAUCCGGGCUCUAUUUCUUUGAUCAUAGUGUCGCGUCACAAUUGGCUCAGCAAAAAGAGUUCAAUCUCAAGAAUCCUUCGGCCUAUCAUUAUGACAUUCUUUUGCUUGGAUUCAUGACGUUGCUCUGCGGUUUAUUAGGACUACCGCCUUCAAAUGGUGUCUUGCCUCAGGCACCCAUGCACACUAAAAGCCUUGCUGUUCUUAAAAAACAGUUUAUUAGAAAGAAACUGGUAGAGAGUGCCAAGGAAAGUAUAAAGUUGAAAGCUAGCAAUACCGAGAUCUACAACAAGAUGCAAACCGUGUUCAUAGAAAUUGACAGCUCACCAAUUACAACUUCAGUAGUUAAAGAACUAAAAGACUUGCAGGAAGCAGUCAUGAAAGUAGAAGACGGAAAAGAAAACACAAAUGGUAAGUUUGAUCCGGAAGAACACAUUGAUGCCAAUUUACCCGUGAGAGUUAACGAGCAACGUGUUAGCAAUUUACUGCAGUCAAUUCUUUUAGCGGCAUCUCUUUGCGCUAUGCCCGUUAUAAAGUUAAUACCAACCUCGGUUUUAUGGGGAUAUUUUGCCUACAUGGCAAUUGACAGCCUCCCCGGAAACCAAUUUUGGGAAAGGAUCAUGCUUCUUUUUGUUCCCUUUGGAAGAAGAUAUAAGGUUCUGGAGAAGGUUCAUGCAUCUUUUAUCGAGUCGGUUCCAUUUAGAGGCAUGGUUAUAUUCACAGUAUUUCAAGUUGUCUAUUUCCUGGUGUGUUACGGUAUGACGUGGAUUCCGGUGGCUGGAAUUCUAUUCCCUGUGCCGUUUUUUCUUCUCAUUAGCAUACGACAACAUAUUCUACCAAAAUUUUUCCAAUUGCACCAUUUGAGAGAACUUGAUGCAGCCGAGUAUGAAGAAAUCGCGGGCAGUCCAGCACGUGCUCCCAGCUUCAGUCUCAGGGAAAUGGAUAGCACUCUUGGUGGGAGCAAUGAAGGUGACGUGUCAAUUUGUGAUGCCGAAAUACUAGAUGAACUGACCACAAGUAGAGGGGAGCUCAAGGUUCGAAAUCUUAGCUUCAGAGAAGAUCGACGCACUCAGCAAAUUUACCAUGAUGACUAUAUCCAGCCUGAGUGAAAGACACGACUCAAGAGUUGUUCCGAAGGGCCAAUGAAACAUUACGAAUAAAGACCUGAAGCAUGCUCAAGGAUAACUGAGCAAAAUGCUAGGGAUGUGGAUUGCGCAAUGUGAAAUAUAUUGAAUCACUACAUGUAGAAUAACUAAGAAAUCAUAUGGUCUUUGAUAAAGAGUGUUCAAUAAUUGAGUAAAUAUUUGUUUUUUUUUUAUUGUCAUCAACAUCUAUGUUGUGACGAAGCUAUGUAAUAGGCGAGUAAGUUAUGUGUAUGUACUUCAUAUUUGUUUGUCUCAGGUACUUCUUCCUAAAGUACAAACUGUUAGAAAGUUAUGCUAUCUGAAUUGGAGUUGGAGUGUUGUUUUCA